ACUUCAAUUAGGAGUUGCCGAGAGCGCGAGAGAGAGGGGAGACGCCGCGUGAGCGCGAGAGGACCAGGCACCGACUUUUGCGCAAGCAAGGACCGUCGGCACGCCGCGCAGGGGGCAUGCCAUUCGCUUAGGCUAGCGGGGGAAAAGGUCCACGACUGCGGGAGGACAGCGCUCGGCUCACCGCCUUUGCCGAACAGAGACCGGCGCGCUUGGUUAGAGAGGUGCAGCGUUGCGCCGAACGUGAUGGGCUCCAGGAGACACCGCGCAAAGGCUGCGGCAGCCUCGCUCCGCACGGGCGGCUGCCUCCCUGCGCUUCUCAUCGCCGUUUUGUCCUCUUUGUGCGCUGCGUUCAACUUAGACGUGGAGCGCCCCUCCACAUACAGCGGACCCGGAGGCAGCUAUUUCGGUUACUCUGUGGACUUUUAUGGGACGAAUUCGCCAAGCAGUGUGAGUGUCAUAGUGGGAGCGCCCAAAGGCAACACCAGCCAGUACUCCAUCAGAGAAGGAGGAGCAGUUUUCUACUGCCUGUGGAGUCCUCACCAGACACACUGUAACAGUAUAGCGUUUGACCAGCAAGGAGAUCUGAAUAUGACCCUCAAUGACACUGAAGUCCAAGCUGAAUUCAAGUCCCACCAGUGGUUUGGAGCAACUGUGCGUGCACAUGGAGACACUGUCUUGGCUUGUGCCCCUCUCUACUCCUGGAGAACCAAGCAGGAUAUGCCCGAGGCGGAAGUUACUGGGUCCUGCUAUAUGUCCGUUAGAAACUUCACCAAGUUUGUGGAGUACGCACCUUGCCGCACAGAAUUCCAUGAUAGAACUGGCCAAGGCUAUUGUCAGGGUGGCUUCAGUGCGGAUUUCACAAAGGAGGGGAAGGUGGUGCUUGGAGGACCUGGCAGCUAUUUCUGGCAAGGUCAGCUGAUCUCGGCGGUGAAGGAGGAGAUCGUGAGGGCGUACUACCCGGGUUUUUUUCUCACGUCGGUGAAGGGCCAAAUUGAGACGAAGCAGAAAAAGCAGAUCAACUUCGACGACAACUACAUGGGUUACUCCGUGGCCGUGGGGGAGUUCAGCGGGGACGAUGAUGAAGAGUUUGUGACUGGAGUUCCCAGAGGAGUUCGUCUGCAUGGUCAGGUGUCCAUUCUCAAUAGCUCCCUGGAAACCUUGAAAAACUUAACCGGAGAGCAGAUGGGCUCCUACUUUGGCUACGCUGUGUCUGCUACGGACAUCAACAACGAUGGCCUGACCGACCUGUUGGUGGGCGCUCCCAUGUUCAUGGUGCGUGACUCUGACGGUCGGCUGGAGGAACUGGGGCGGGUGUAUGUGUACCUGCAGACCGGCCCCCUGGAGCUUGAGCCACAGACCCCUCACCUCACCGGCACGCAGACCUUCGGCCGCUUCGGCAGCUCCAUUGCAUCGCUGGGAGACCUCAACCAGGACGGCUUCACAGACGUGGCUAUUGGUAGUCCAUUUGGCGGGAAGGAAGAACAGGGCAUGGUCUUCAUCUACAACGGCUACGCUAAAGGUCUGAGGGAGAAGGCCUCUCAGGUGAUCGCUGGCCAGUGGGCAUCAGCUGCCCCUCCUGCCCUGCCUGCCAGCUUUGGGUUUGCCCUUCGCGGGGACAAAGACAUUGACCACAAUGGCUACCCAGAUCUCAUCGUGGGAGCCUUCGGAGUUGACAAGGUGGUCCUCUACAGGUCUCGUCCCAUCGUCAACACCAGUGCCACCCUGAGCGUGUACCCGACCAUGAUCAAUCCCGAGGAAAAGGUCUGCACCAUCAGCAACGGGAACCAGACCAUGCACGUCUCCUGUGUCAACCUGAGCUUCUGCUUUUCGGCCAAUGGGAAACACCUUCCAGAGAAACUAGCAUUUAAUGUUGAGGUGCAGUUGGACAGACUGAAGCAGAAACAGAAAGGAGCAGUUCGGCGGGCGCUCUUUCUGGACACCCAGCAGGCUAGUCUCCAGCGGAAACUCCACGUGCCCACUGAUGGCAAACUCUGCCACGAGACCAAGAUCUACCUCAGGGACGAGAAGGAGUUCCGGGACAAGCUCUCGUCCAUCUUCAUCGCUCUCAACUUCAGUCUGGACCCGGAGGCUGCCGCUGACCAGCACGGUCUCCAACCCAUCCUCAACUACCAGACUGCCCAGGUCAUCGAGCAGAAGGCCCAGAUCUUGCUGGACUGUGGAGAGGACAACAUCUGUGUCCCUGACCUGAAACUCUCGGUGCACGGGGACAGGAAGGAAGUGUACAUGGGCGACGACAACUCGUUGACCCUGACCUUCAAUGCGCGCAACGACGGGGGCGGGGCCUACGAGGCCGAGCUGUACGUGGUGCUGCCCCCGGAGGCGGACUACAGCGGGAUCGCCCGCAAAAACGAGAGUCUGACUCAGCUCACCUGCAGCUAUGAGACAGAGAACCAAACCCGCUACCUCAGUUGUGACCUGGGAAACCCCAUGAAGUCUGGCACCAACCUGUGGGCGGGGCUGCGUUUCACAGUGCCACGCCUGAGGGACUCGGGCAAGGUGGUGCAGUUUGACCUGCAGAUUCGCAGUAAAAAUGAGAAUAACUCCCAGAGUGAAGUUGUCCCCUACAAACUGGAAGUGGUGGUCAAAGCGGAUGUCAUUUUACAGGGUGUGUCCCGACCAGAUAAGGUCUUCUUCCCACCUCCGAACUGGAAGACUUCCAAGAACGUGGCCAUGGAGCAGGAAGUGGGGCCUCCUGUGGAGCACAUCUACGAGCUGGUGAACAAUGGUCCGAGCCACAUCAGUCACACGCUUCUCCAGCUGCAGUGUCCUAUGGGGGUCCAGGGCCAGAAGCUGAUGUACCUGCUGGAGGUGACCACGGAGGGGCCGGUCAACUGCACCACGCACAGCGUGGUCAACCCCAUGGGCCUGAAGCUCCAGCAGUCGUCUACGGCGCGGCCGUCAGUCCCAAACCAGAGCCACCACAUUGAGAAGCGGGAAACGCAGAGAGGGGAGCAGACCCAGCUGAACAACCUGUCCUGCUCCAGUGUCGAGUGCUGGACUCUGCAGUGCGACGUGGGUCUGCUGAAGAAGGGGACCAGUGCCAUCCUGCACGUGCGAUCGCGCAUCUGGGCUGAGAUGUUCAUGACAAAGAUGUAUAAGAAUUUUAUUCUGGAGUGCUUGUCUAGCUACAAAGUGGAAAAGAUGCCUUACACUAUUUUGCCCAAGGAGAAUCCAACCGGAGCAAAAAAGGUGGUCACCCAUGUGGUGUGGAAUAAACCAGACAGCCACUACGAUGUGCCCUUGUGGAUCAUUGUCCUGGCCAUAGUGACCGGACUUUUACUGCUGUCUCUGCUCAUCUACAUCCUGUACAAGCUUGGUUUCUUCAAGAGGACCCAGUACGGCACGGCCAUGGAGAAGGCCCAGCUGAAGCCGCAGGCCGCCUCUGAAGCCUGAGGAGGCUGUAAAGCGUUCAGCGUCGUGGGGACGAGCAGGAGGAGGAUGACCGUACCGAGAAGCCAUUUAGGGAAGGUGAAUUGCUGUGUAAAAAAGACCAGACUGUAAUACAAGGAUGAAGGAUGAAUGACCACUGGAUCUCCACUGCACUGCACUUGACAAACACCCUGAGGACUUAAAGCCAAAUGAAUGUCUUUUUUAAAAUGUUGCCUUUUUUUUGUUACCUUUUUUAAACAUUGUUUUGUGCUGUGGGUUUGGGUUUCAUUCACCAGUAGUAGCCUGACACUUGCUCACAAAACCUGAGUAAGGAAAUUUGAACCAAACUAAAUGACCAGGACCUGGUUCUGUGUAGCAUUGGAUAGCAGCUCUCUGGUUCGUACUACUCAAGGAACAUACCCCCCCCCCCCCCCACACACACACUUAUGCAAGUUCACAGCCUGGAGGGUUUUUUAAAACAAAUGUUUCACAUAUUUUUGGUGCUAGCAACGAGUGUGCGAGGUGUGUUCACUCCUUUUUCGUGCUAACAGCGGUUCGAAGAUCCUCUGUUCAGCGUUUGAUUUUUAGUGCAGUAUUUUAGUUUUACACACACGCGCGCGCACACACGCAGACUUUUCAUAUCGUUUGUUCUUAUGCGUAUUUACCUGAGGAUGAGGUCAGACUAGCACAGACCAUGGUCUCAUCCUCCUUCACCUUUAACUUCCUGCUGUGUCCCGUUGUUCUGGUUGAAGUGUGUCUGCCUAAGUGAUCACGUGUGUGACGUGCACUGACGGGUUUUGGAGGAAUCGGGAGGUUUCUUUCAGAUUUUGCUUCCGUCACCUCUGCGUCUCCGUAAGACAGAGUUUGCGCGUGGCUCAGGUGAUUUAGAUCAGGUUCUCUCCUGCUGACGUGUAGAUCUCAUCCUCUUCCUCCACCUCCGCCCGCUGUCCGAGGUCGCUGCGUUGGCCGUAGACGUCGUCUGGGACACGACUGGAUACGUGCGGCAAGUCUGCGAAACCUUUCCGCAGUUACCUUGAAGCACAGCUGUGCUCCAACUUCCCCCACGUUGCCCCUACCCGACCCCAAGCUCUACCCCGUCCUGGAGUGUGCGGUAGGAGUAUGACUAGACCAUCUGCCGGGGUGAGAGGAGGUAGUCAGUCUGGGCUACCGGGGUCGGGUGUGCGGGGCGCAGGAAAGCCUGCAUUGUGAAACGUAACGGCCUGUUCACCAAUCAAACGAGCGCUCCCGAGGUGGCAUGGGCUAAGCAGGGGUUUCUCCACAGACACCAUCCAGUCUGAAGCAGCGAAGCUGUCUCUCCCAGGGACUUUCACUCGUUUCGUGCGUCUGUUUUGUCUAGUGUACGUGCCGGGGGGUGUGUGGAUACACAUGUGGAUGCGUAGCUCCAUAUGUCGAUGUGAGCAAGAGAGGACCCCGGCCCAACCCCGAGUUGCUUGGUGUUUCUCGUCCUCCCUCGCUGGUUGCCCCGGCGCGAAUGUGCAGGGUGGGCUUGGUGUGCUGACCCGGGGCAGAAGUAGUCGCUUAGGGACAGAGAGGUCGCCAUCGGUCACGUGAUCCUUUUCGUCUACCUCUGCCAGCUGACUGGGCGUGGGGAGGGUUGGGACCUGUACGUGAAGUGCAAUACUGUUCUGAUUUUUCUUCUUUUCAACUUAGUGUUUUUAUUUUUGCCCUUUUGGCAAUGUGUGUAGUCUAUGCUUUACUCACUAAUGUUUUGAUACUGACGACAACAACCUAUUGAGUUGGAUUGAUUCUUUCCCAUCAGAAAAAAAAGACUAUGCAGGUAGUUUUAUGACAGUAGCUGUUAUUUUAAUAGUUGAACAUCAAAACUCUGUAUGAAAACGCCCUCGCACUCGACGGGUCAGAAGAUUUGAACCAUCUUAACUUUCUUCAUUAUUUAGUUUGUUUUUUAUAACUAAAUCAGUAGAUUCCCACGGCCAGGUCCCGCUCACCUGCUCCUGGGUCUCAGGCGCAGGGAAGUGGGAAAACGAUCUUUUAUUAUCCGUCAGUCCAAACUAUGCCACCAUAACUCAGCCAUGACAGUCACCUCAGCUGUGCAGAAAGUACCUGGCCUCGUCAUAAAUUGAGAACGAGACAGAAUAUGCAGAUUUCAUUUCCGUAGGAGUUUUAAUCAAUUAUUUAUACCUCCAAAAUCACAAUUAUUUUCACAAUUUGGCAGGAGGAAGCACUGGUUGUGUCUACGUUGUUUGUUGUCGUCAUUCUACCUUUUGUCUCAUAUCCUGUUGUCAUUUGCUUUUUUUUAAGUUGUAAAUAUAAUUUGGCAAGAUUUUUUUUUCACCUGAAACUUUUGUUUGACGUGAAAUUACAUCACCCCAUAUUGGGGUGAAUUGGAGGGAUGCUAAAGUAAUUAUUUGUAUGGCAUUUUACAAUUUGCAUUUCAAAUAAAUCUUCCAGUUUUUAAUUUUUAA